CUAAUAUAUUGAAAUAAAGGAGGAGAGAGAAAGACCGUAAACAAAAUAAUUUUAGAAAUAGAGAGUGCGUGAUUGUCUUUUUCUCUAGAGAGAGAAACAGCUGGAGCUUGAAGGAAUCUCGGAAAAGAUGGGGCAGGUGGUGAAGAAGAAGAAGAAAGGGAGACCGGCCAAGGCAGAUCCCAAGCAGACGGAACGCGACCUGCGCCGGAGCCACCGCCGCCGCAGUGUGAAGUACGUCUUCGACCUAGACGACUACUUCGACGAGGACCAAGUGUUCGCGGACGAAGAGGACCAGCUGCGGAGGGAGAAGAAGCUCAAGCACCUGCUCAAGCUCCAGAGUGGCGGCGAGCCUAAUCGGCGCGUGCAGCAGGCGUCGGAGCCGUCGAAGAGGCGGAAAAUCGGCGAAGAAAUGGACGAGGACGUGGAUGACAGAAAUGAAUAUGAUGAUGAAGACGAAGAAGAGGUUAGAGAUACAAGGCCACAACUCAAAGCACAGGACUCACAACCAGGCUCGCCUUGUGAGCUGCCGCUGCCUCUGCCUCAUAAGAAGACAUUGGAGUUGAUUUUGGACAAGUUGCAGAGGAAAGAUAUUUAUGGUGUUUAUGCAGAACCGGUUGAUCCAGAAGAGCUUCCAGAUUACUUUGAUGUGAUAGAUCAUCCAAUGGAUUUCGCUACUGUGAGGAACAAUCUACGAAAUGGAUUAUAUGCAACUUUCAAGCAAUUUGAGAGUGAUGUUUUCCUCAUUUGUUCAAAUGCAAUGCAGUAUAAUGCACCGGAUACCAUAUAUCACAAACAGGCACGCACCAUUCAAGAGUUGGCAAAAAGGAAAUUUCACAAGAUAAGGCUUACUUUUGAGCGCAAUGACAAACCUGAACAGAGAUCAAGAUCUGGCUCUCUUUCAAAAAAGCAAAUCAAAAGGCCUUUGAUCCGGACAGGGAAAGAACCUGUUGGCUCUGAUUUUUCAUCAGGAGCUACUCUUGCAACAGCUGGUGAUAUUCAGAAUAUUACCAGUGUUGUGUCUGAGAAAGCUGGUUGUAUAGAUCGGCUUGUUGAAGGAAGUUCUUUCUUUAAUGACAACAAUUUGGACAAAGGGGAAGACUUGCUGUCUGGAAGGGCCCUCCCAUCUCGAUUUGCUAGGAGAUCAACAUUUGUACAAGAGGAAAAUCGCCAUGUGACAUAUAACGUAUCACAAGAUGAAAAUCGCCGUUCGACAUAUAACAUAUCAUUGUCUCAGCCUAUGGACCGCUCGGAAUCUAUAUUCUCAACGUUUGAUGGUGAAACCAAGCAUCUGAUGCCUGUAGGGCUUUAUUCCGAUCAUGCAUAUGCUAGAAGCCUUUCUCGAUUUGCUGCAACUCUUGGAUCUGUUGCCUGGAAAGUUGCUUCUAAAAGAAUAGAACAAGCACUACCUCAGGGAUUCAAAUUUGGUCAGGGUUGGGUCGGGGAGUAUGAGCCACUUCCAACUCCAGUAUUGAUGCUGGAAAAUUGUAGUGUGAAGGAACCACCAUUUUUCACGAAAGCACAGCCAGCUGUCGAACCUAGGAACUUUAACCAGGUGCCUUUAAUCUCGAAUGCUUCCAAGGAAAUCCCAGGUAAUUUUCCUUUCUUCGAACAAAAGCUGCCAUUUCUUGGUCCUGCUGGAAUCAGAUCACCUGCUCCUAUCAUCAUGGCUCAACCAAUCAGAGGGAGUAUAUCAGAGACAAAGCAGUCAUUCUUUCUGUCUCCUGGGAUUAGACCUAGUGGUUCUCAUAAUCUCGGCUACGUUAAUCAAAAUUCACAAUCCAGAAGUCUGCUUGAAUCUGACAAAAAGGCUCAGAAGCAGGUUCAGUCAAACAGUCCACGUGCACUAAGUAGAACUGCCACCGGUUCUGUUGGCAGCAGGCAGUUUCCUAGGUCGGAAGUGGAAUCUUCUAGGUCCGUUGAUUCCUCUCCAAAGAACAUGCAUUUUUCUCAAUCCGGAUCUUCUAAACAGCCCGAUCAUAGUAAUGGUGUUGCUUUUGGAGGAUUUCCUAAUGGAAGAGUCAACAGUAAUAAGGUUGAUGGUAAUACAGUGAUUAGUUUGUCUGGUGAGUCGACUAAACCACCUAGCUAUUAUCCCCACGAACAGGGUCAGGGUCUCAGCGACCCAGUUCAGUUGAUGAGAAUGUUGGCAGAUCACAAUCAACAAAAAUCCUCAAAUAAGUCAUCAGGCGAUGCUCCUCAAGUUUUAACAUCACAACCAUCCUUGGGCAGCAGCGGGUGGAACAGCAAUGAUCCAAAUAAUGCAGCUAUGGCUGCUGCACGUGCGUGGAUGUCUAUAGGGGCAGCAGGGCUAAGGUCAGUUACUGAAAAUGUCAACCCGAACAAGAACCACAUGUAUGGUGAUCCAGUCUACAACCCUUCUCGUAAUAUCCAGUCACAGAUCCGUGGAGAAUUUCCUUCUUCCGGAAUGCAAGUUCGGCCAGACAAGAACAGCGCUCCAAUGCACACCUUUGUACCACAAGGGCCAAUACCAACGCUAGUAGGGAACCAAAUACAGUUUCAGAACCAGCGAAUGAUGUUUCCACAGCUGGCUCCUGCUGACUUGUCCCGGUUCCAACUGCAGUCUCCCUGGUACAAUGUGAGCCCGCAAAUGCAUUCAAGACAGAAGCAGGAAUCACUUCCUCCUGACUUGAACAUUGGUUUCCAAUCAUCGGGGUCACCAGGAAGGCCGUCUUCAGGCGUUCUGGUAGAUUCUCAGCAGCCUGAUUUGGCUCUCCAACUCUGAGAGCAACUGCAUUGUUAGUCUUGGUUCAAAACUCAGCACGCGCCUUUGGGAAAUUUUGUGUAGGAUCAUAUGUCUGGUGUAACAGAGCCCAUGUUCGACAUCUAUUGCGAUCCUUGGAGGGGAGGGGCAGAUACGAGUUAUCCAGUUAUUCAGUUUAGGUGUAGAGUAGAUAAAAGCUAAAAAGAAAAUGGUGGGAGGCUGGUUUAUAUGUAAGCAGUGGGGUUCGUUUUGUGUUAGAAAUGUAUUUAGAAGGUAUUGUUUUGUAGUGGGGAGCUGAAGGAAUCAGCAUUUUAGCUGUGAGAUUAUUUGAAGAGAAUAAUUUUGUGUUUGCAGCUUCGGACGUUAUGGUUGGUGAAAUGGGAGUCAAGGUUUUUACCUUA